GUUGGUCGAUCAUAGUGCCGCCACUUUAACGCCCAUUUUCCGAGUUUCAUUCAUUUUCUUUCUCUGUGUUUUGCUCCCUCUCCUCUCCCAAAAAUGGCGUCCAUUCCAAUCCAAAUCCUCCACUUCCACCAUGUCUCUGCAACUGAAACUCCCAAAACCCUAGCCUUCAAGUCCCCCAAAUCCGCCAUUUCUCCAUCCCUAUUACCUCACCCUCUCCUCAGAACCCACCAAACCAAAUGGCAAGCGAAGCCCAAAAACUCAACCCUAACUGGCUAUGGCAUUCGCAUGAUGUCGUCCUCCACCACCACCCCAGCCACCGACCGCCUCAUCUCCGCCGUCGCCUACUCCCUCCCCUUCUUCAAUUCCCUCCAGUACGGCCGCUACCUCUUCCUCCAGUACCCCAAAUUGGGCCUCCUCUUCGACCCCCUCCUCCCGAUCAUUUCCCUCUACAGGUCCAUCCCUUACUCCAGCUUCGUCGCCUUCUUCGCCCUUUACCUCGGCGUCGUCAGAAACCCUAGCUUCAGCCGCUACGUCAGGUUCAAUUCCAUGCAGGCCGUCACUCUCGACGUCCUCCUCGUCCUCCCGCUCCUCGUCCAGCGGAUUUUCAGCCCCGGCCGGUCUGGAUUGGGAUUCCGGAUCAUGGUUUGGGUUCACAGCGCUCUGUUCGUCUUCAGCGUUUUGUGCUUCGUUUAUGGUUCGGCUUCUUCCGUUUUGGGUCGGACUCCUUAUUUGCCUUUUGUUGCUGAUGCUGCUGGCAGGCAGAUUUAGAGAGUUUCGGUGCAUUUUUUGUGAGGAAUGGAUUGUGAAAGCUUGGGUAUGAAGAUGGUCAAAGAGGCACACUAAGGGCUAGUUCAUGGAUUCUGCAGCAAAGAUAUCCUUGUUUAGUUUGCUAGUUAGCUCAAAUCAGCUUGAGGGUUUUCUUUUGUUUUUUUGUUUUUUGUUUUUUUUGCCAAAAGAAUAUGUUGAAGAAUCUAGUACAGAGGUCCUAUAUUGUACAUAUAGUUCAGCCUGAUACUAAUUACUUCCAACUUUACGAGCCAAAGGAAAACACUUUUGUAAACAUGGGAUGAAAAAGAAAAGCCUAUGAAGAUUGGGGUUUACAUAACGUUAGGCAGGAAUUUGUGUCGAGACAAGGUUAUUGAUUAGGCAAACUUGUAACUAAAUUUUGUGGCCCUUUUGCUGUUACUCCCUUGUAUUCUUAUCGAUAUUCCCUCGAAUCCUUUUUCACCCAAAAAUACAAUAAAAAACUUGGCUCCGAGGUAUUAAAGUUUG